CGUCGUGCAUACCUCUACGUGGGAGGCUUGAGCCCGCAGGUCAACGAGCUCAUGAUCAAGGAAAUCUUCAGCGUCUGUGGCCAGGUCGUCCACGUCAAGAUUGUUCCCGAUCGGAAUCUGCAGCACGGCGGCUUCAACUACGGUUUCGUCGAGUACGCAGACCUUCGAGCGGCCGAGAAUGCCAUUGCGUCACUCCACGGACGCAAGAUUCUCGAGUCGGAGAUCAAGGUCGACUGGGCCACUGGCGGUGGUGGCGGUAGCAAUGGCCACGUUGGUGCCCAGGUCGGGCAGUAUGGCGUCCGCGACACUUCCAACGGCCAGUACCACGUCUUUGUCGGCGAUCUUUCUCCUGAGAUUACCGACGCCACGCUCCGCCAGGCCUUCCAGUCGUUCCCAAGCCUGGCAGAGGUCCGGGUCAUGUGGGACGCAAACUCGGGCAAGUCGCGCGGGUACGGCUUCAUCGCAUUCAGGGACAAGGCAGAUGCAGAGCAGAGCAUCGCCACAAUGAAUGGCGAGUGGCUCGGCUCCCGUGCGAUUCGCGUCAACUGGGCCAACCAAAAGAACCCACCGGGGAGCGUGGGAGGCAUGCCCGGCAUGGGCGGCGCUGGCGGCACGAGCAUGCCACCUACCGGUGGCGUGGCGUCCGGCACACCCAUUACGUACGAGCAAGCCGUCAACGGAUCUUCACCGUCCAAUACGACCGUCUACGUGGGCAACAUCCCUCCCUUUGCGACGCAGAAUGACCUCGUGCCCCUCUUUUCGCAGUACGGCUUCGUGCGAGAGGUGCGCAUGCAGUCCGAGCGCGGUUUCGCCUUCAUCAUGCUCGACACGCACGAGAACGCGGCCAAUGCGAUUGUCAACCUCGCUGGUCACAUCGCCUGCGGAAGGCCCAUCAAGUGCGGCUGGGGCAAGGACCGAAACGAGAGCGCA